GUGUGGUGUGUUUGAAGUGGCUUCUGAGAAAGCAGUGCUUUUUGGGUGAAGCAAGAAAGGGUUAAGCUUGCCCCAACAGUGGUCCCUGUGCCAGGGCUCCACAGGCAGCCAAAUAAAACCAGAUUGGGCAAUGGUUUGUGGGCAAUGGACUCUGCCUUCCAGCCGCAUGUCAGGACUCUCUAUUUUCCUAAGAAUGCACACGCCCAACCUGUGAGUGUCUCUGUCCCAUAGCAAGAACAACAACAGUUUAUAGAGAUUUUUUUGGAGGCAGAUUGGUGUUCCCAAAACAGCUCCAGGCGGGAAGGUGGAGAGGCUGGGAGCGGAGCAGUUAGGUCAAAAAAGAGAGAGGAGGGAAGUCUAAAAGGUGACGCUCCAUCAGUUUCUUUUUGUGUUCUCUACCUUGGGUCGGUCAUCUUCACAACACAUUCACUUCCUCCAAAAUGGACACCAAUGCCACCUCGGAAGAAAGCCUGUAUGGAGACUAUGAAGACUAUUCUGAUCAUGAUGAACAUGCAGGUCUCCGGGACUCAGUGCAUCUUCUCGCUGUGGUGAUCUACAGCAUUGCCUUCCUUUUGGGAGUGAUUGGAAACGGCCUUGUUAUCUUUGUCACUGGCUUCCGUAUGAAGAGGACCGUCAAUACUGUCUGGUUCCUCAACCUGGCCAUAGCUGACUUUGUCUUCACUUUCUUCCUCCCACUGAGUGCAGCCUAUAUGGCUCUGGGCUUCCACUGGCCCUUUGGGAAGGUCCUUUGCAAGCUCAGCAGCACCGUCGCCUUCCUCAACAUGUUUGCCAGCGUCUUCCUCCUCACCAUAAUCAGCAUGGACCGCUGUGUCUCCGUAGUUUGCCCCGUCUGGGGCCAGAACUACCGCACGCCCCGCCUGGCCUCCCUGGUGGCAUUGGGCAUCUGGGCAGCCGCUCUGGUUCUCAGCUCUCCGUACCUUGUUUUUCGAGAUACACGGCCCUCUCCUUCUGAAGAGAACACCACUCACUGUUACAACAACUUUGCCUUGUCUGACAACUUCCAGUCUGAGGAAGCUGAUGAGUUGAGUGAGCAUCGCCACCGAGCCAUGGUGCUGACCCGUUUUGUGGUUGGGUUCUUGGUGCCAUUCACCAUCAUCCUGAUUUGUUAUGGUGUUAUUAUGGCCAAGCUGAAGGGGAAUCGCCUCACCCGCUCAAGCAGGCCUUUCAAGAUCAUGGUGGCGGUAGUGUUGGCCUUCUUCAUUUGCUGGUUCCCGUAUCACGUUUUCUCUUUCUUGGAAAUGUCGGUCUCUACAGUAACGCCCUGGCUACAGAUGGUCCUCAUGGUGGGGACGCCCUUGGCUUCAGGCCUAGCAUACUUUAACAGCUGCCUGAAUCCCUUUUUGUAUGUCUUUGUGGGUCAAGAUUUCAGGGAGAAGCUGCGGAUGUCAGUCUUAGCGGCUUUUGAGAAUGCUUUCAGUGAGACCUCAGCACAGGCGCUAACAAAGAGCAAAUCCAGCCUAGAGGUAGACUGCCACCUUGUCUAACGUAACUUCGGCCCUUGGUUUCUGCUGGGGCUGGGGCGUGCUUCGUCGUUGUUUCACUCGUUCAGUCGUUUUCGACUCUUCGUAACCUCAUGGACCAGUCCACGCCAGAGCUCCCUUUCGGCCAUUGCCGCCCCCAGUUCCUUCAAGGUCGAGCCAGUCACU